AUGCCGUAUCCGGGUCUUGUCGCGGCGAUGCACUACGCCUGGGCUGAGGUCACCGAACCCAGCCAAGUUCUUCUCGCAAUCCUCGAGAAUGAGGACAAAGCUCGCACCUUGUACAACAUGGUCGAGCGGCAGUACAAGUUCAUCUCUGCCGAACGCUCCGACGACGAUGAGCGUGGCGAGAUGACCACCUUCGACAAGGUGCUCAUCGAGAUGUGGCACGAGGAGCAGCAGCUCCAGAACAUCGGGCUCCUCGAGUUCUUCCUCGAGGAGUACUUGAUGGCCAAGUCGGUGGACACUUACGCCGAGAAGAAGGCCCUCGUCUUUGCGUACCUGGAAGCUGGGGCGCUUAUCGAUGCAGGUCUCACCCAGCAGGACUCCGCCCUGGAAAAUCUCAUUCGAGUUUACCAGGAAGCCAAGGCACGCGUCUACUACAGUGACGCAGACAAGUCGGGCAUUUCCAACAAGGAAACCGACAAGUUCAGCAAUGUCCGUUUCCUGCGGGACACCGCCGAGAAUCUCUGCCGGCACAUGAAGGCUCAUGGCCAUGAGUCGCACCCGCUGAUGCCCGAGGUCGAGAAGAUAGUCGACAUCAGCGCCAAGCACGCCGAGCAUCUCGCCGGUGGUCGGAAGCGCGUCUUCGAGGCUCCCGAAGAUGAGGACUCUCGUCCUGUCGGACAUCACUGGAGGCGGCAGCGACGUGAGUCUGGUCGCCACAGCAAGCGGCCCCGGGACUCUUACCGUCCUGACUACGAGAGCCGGCGCGACCGCUACGAGCCGGAUGAUCGAUACGAUGACCGCCGCCACGGCCGCGACGAUAGCCGAGAUCGUCGUGACCGACAUGACAAGGACAGCGACGAGGAGGACCGCCGCCACGAACGCGACGACAGUCGCGAUCGCCGCCGCCGCGAGCACUAA